AAUGAUGACAGCUUUUUAUUUAGUUCUUUCAUUUUGGGGUGAACCGUUCCUUUACGUGCACAAAGCUUAUUUUCUUAUGAUAAUCAGCUCUUUGUUUUCCUAAUUCGCCCUUUCCUUUGCUCUCUGUUUCUUUCAUUAGCUUUCCCGAGUGUAUUUUCAAAGGCUCAUCACGGAAGCUUGUCUUAUCUGAUUAAAAGCGAAUUAGAACAAAAGAUUUCUCGGCACGGCCUGCUUUAAUUACCAGCACUUUGAACCCCGAGCGUGCAAAGCGUGGCGUUGUUCUCGUCACUACAAGACGGCACAAUUGGAGGAGAUGUGCGCGCUUGCACGCGCAAUCAGCGGGUUCCUCGAGUUCUCUCGCGCACCUUCACCCGUGCGUGCAAACCCAGCCGAAAGCGCUAACAAAUCUAAUGACUAAUGAUGUGCAGGUGUUUGCCACCGAUCCGGCGCUGUAACUGCGCUUCAUUUUGCAGUGCAGCAGUUGGCGAGCGCUUGGGAAAGCUGGUCGUGAUUCAGUAUGUUUGGCGUGGCGUUUGCGCUGAGUGGUGCGUUUGAAUGUAAUCUGUCUCUGGGGACGAGGGGCCCCGCUAGAACUUGACACGAGAGAGACGGACGUAAUCUGAGAGAAAAAAGGGCUGCUUCAUACAGCACUACAAUGUGCAUGAAGAUCUCUGCCAGGGCUCUUUCCUCUGUGGUGGCCCUUGGUGCGAACAUCAUCUGCAAUAAGAUCCCCGGUCUCGCACCCCGCCAGCGCGCCAUCUGCCAGAGCCGGCCGGACGCCAUCAUCGUGAUCGGAGAGGGGGCACAGCUGGGCAUCAACGAAUGCCAGUACCAGUUCAGAUACGGCCGCUGGAACUGCUCCGCGCUGGGUGAACGCACCGUCUUCGGACAGGAGCUGCGAGUAGGCAGCAGGGAGGCGGCAUUCACCUACGCCAUCACCGCCGCUGGGGUCGCCCACGCCGUGACGGCCGCAUGCAGCCAGGGCAACAUGAGCCACUGCAGCUGCGACAGGGAGAAACAGGGCUAUUACAACCAGGAGGAGGGCUGGAAAUGGGGCGGAUGCUCGGCAGACAUUAAAUACGGCAUUGAAUUCUCCCGGAAGUUUGUGGAUGCCCGGGAGAUUAAAAAAAAUGCCCGACGGCUGAUGAACCUUCAUAACAACGAAGCUGGCCGAAAGGUUCUGGGAGAGCGGAUGAAGCUGGAAUGCAAGUGUCACGGCGUGUCGGGCUCCUGCACCACCAAAACCUGCUGGACCACGUUACCCAAGUUCCGCGAGAUCGGCUACGUCCUGAAGGACAAGUACAACAAAGCGGUGCAUGUGGAGGUGGUCCGCGCCUCGCGCCUGCGGCAGCCCACCUUCCUCAAGGUGAAGAAGACGCACGGUUACCAGAAGCCCUUAGAAACGGACUUGGUCUACAUCGAGCGCUCGCCCAACUACUGCGAAGAGGACGCCAAAACGGGCAGCGUGGGGACGCAGGGGCGGCUGUGCAACCGGACGUCGCCGCUCACAGACGGUUGUGACCUCAUGUGCUGUGGGCGGGGCUACAACACGCAUCAGUACACCAAAGUGUGGCAAUGCAACUGUAAAUUCCAGUGGUGCUGUUUUGUGAAAUGCAACACCUGUAGCGAGAGGACGGAGGUGUUUACCUGCAAAUGAAUGGCUCGGUGCGGUGUCGUUUUGCACAGCAGAAUGUAUAUUUGCUUUAACACAGAGUUAAAAUACUAAACUCUAUCGGUAGGUACGAGCCCGGAGGUACGUGCACUGACUAAAGGACUGCAGGGUGCCAGCCGAGCAUGCUGGGAUUUGUAGUGUGGGGCUCGGCAUCAUCUCAAAACGCCACGGAGGAACUCGUCGAAGGAGCUCAAUGCAAAUCGAGGAUGUAUAAAUGCCAACUGGAAUCUGGUAGAGUAUGUUAGCUAUCCAGUCACACUGGAUCUGUCUGUUUGAACACUGAAAAUAAAUUAUUAUAUAUUAUAUGUCAUAGUCUCCUAAGGAACCGAAGCGCUAACGGGUAGAAAUGUGUUCUUUUGUACUAAGUGUAAACCAAGAGAAAGACUUUGUAGAAGCUCGUGACUGAAAACGUCUUGUAGAGGGAAGAAAAAAGGCCUUGUGUUUUCCGACAGGAACGUUUGAUGGCUAAUGA